AUGUUGCGAACAAAAUUUCGUCCAUGCAUUGAUUUACAUGAUGGAAAGGUGAAACAAAUUGUCGGCGGCUCUUUAAACGAAUCUAAUCUGGAUGAAUUGAAAACGAAUUUUGUUGCAAAAGAGUCUCCAAGUUAUUAUGCGAAUCUUUAUAAACAGCAUAAUCUCACUGGAGCGCACGUGAUAAAACUUGGUCCGGGAAAUGACGCUGCCGCAAAAGAAGCAUUAUCAGCAUGGCCAAAUGGCCUUCAAAUUGGAGGUGGUAUAACAGAUGAAAACGCUCAAGAUUGGGUUGAUGCAGGCGCAGAGAAAGUGAUUGUCACAUCUUUUUUAUUCCCUGAUGCUAAGUUUUCUUUGGACCGUUUGCAGAGACUAUCCGCAAAUAUUUCGAGAGAACGUUUAGUAGUUGAUCUCAGCUGUAGAAAACGCGAUAAAAAAUGGGUUGUAGCAAUGAACAAGUGGCAAACAAUCACCGAUACCGAAGUAAAUCAAGAUACCUUGAAUCUUUUAUCAGCUUAUUGCAGUGAAUUCUUAGUUCACGCGGCUGACGUUGAAGGUCUUUGUCAAGGCAUCGAUACAGAAUUAGAAAAUGGUCUCGAAUACCAAUCACAUAUGCAGGAGGUGCAAAUUGUAUGUAUGACUCUUAAUACGAUAACAGAUCUAUCACUUGUCAAUCACCUCUCAAACGGUAAAGUUGAUCUGACAUUUGGCAGUGCGCUAGACAUAUUUGGUGGCAAUCGUGUGAGAUUUAGUGAUUGUGUAGCAUGGAAUAAUUACCAAAUAAAUUAA